UGGGCACAACUCCACUUCGUUCGCCUUCCCGCAGUGGCUUUAAACUCCCCCCUCCUUCCCUCCUCACAUAUGCUCGGCACCGUGUUUUUAGGUCUGUGAAGGAUACCGAUACUUCGAUUAAUAUCAAAAGCACGAUGGAGCGCACCGUCGGAGAAGACGCCGACGACCUGUCGGAGCUGGAGGAGAAACAGAGGAUAAGCGACGAAAACCCCUUUGCUCAUUGGAAAAUUGAAGAUACCUCUUUGCUAAGACCUAUGAGCUUAGAGCGAAGGAAGUGCGACUUCUGUCAGAAAUCGCGGUUAUACUUCUGCUACACCUGUUACCAUCCCCUCAUCCCGUGCAAGUAUUAUCCACGAGUGAAGUUGCCAAUUAAAAUCGACAUCAUCAAGCAUCCCCGCGAGAUAGCUGGCAAGAGCACGGCCGUCCACGCUGCGAUAAUCGCGCCGGAGGACGUAAAGAUCUACACGUAUCCGAACUUUCCGGAGAUAUUGAAUAAGGAAGACACUGUUUUAGUGUUUCCUAGUAAGGAUAGCUCAAAGAAUCUAAGUGUCGAGGAUCUUUUUACGAGAGAAGAGGGGAAAUGUGACGCCUCGCAAGGACGCAGCAAUAAGGCCGAGGAUGCGUUCCCUAUAAAAAGGGCCAUUUUCAUCGACAGCACUUGGCAGCAAACCAAAUCGAUAUACAAAGACCACAGAUUAAGAGAACUACGUUGCGUGAUAUUAAAUGCGAGGAUUUCUCAAUUUUGGCGCCAUCAAAAGAAGAGUCCGAGAUGGUAUUUAGCGACAAUUGAAGCAAUUCAUCAAUUUUUAGUGGAAUUACACACGUGUGCACUUGGGGUAGAGGAGGAAUAUGUGAAAUUCGACGGUUUGAAGGAACCAGAACGGUUGAAAUUAGAUUAUUCGGAAAAGAAAGAUAUAUAUUUGUCUAAACUAUAUUGCAUAACUAAUAGCGAAGAGAGAAUGCAGAAAUACAAUGGACAGUACGAUAAUCUUUUAUACUUUUUCAAGUUGAUGUAUGAAAUGAUUCAUGAUAUAUAUCCUCAUCAGACAUUACAAGCUUACAAGAGACCACUCAAAUAACUACAUCUUGUUACAUUAAUAAGUUCUUUCGCAUUUGAUUAAAUGGUUUUUAUGUCUGUUUUUGUAAACUAUAGCAUCUACUUUAAGAUGUAUUGUUCUCUUGUAAUCGUACGGAAGUUCAAUGUAACUUUAUAUAAUCUCAAGACAGUUCUAUUUAAAAAUUGUCUAAUUUACGUAAUUGUCUAAUAAUUUACAAAAAGAUUCUUAGCUUCCAAAAAUCUACGAAGAAACAUCUCCUGGAUUCUCGAGAAUGUGUUGUAAUCUUUUCUUUUUGUAGUUAAAUGGGUGAUGUAUCCAAAAAUUAAUAAAAAAAUUAACAAAUAAAAUUAUUUUUCUAGCACUGCAUAGUGCAUAUUAUGUGUCAAAUAUAUUUUUAUUUUUCUAAAAUAAUUUAUCUAAAAUAGUUUAUCUAGAGAACUUUUUAUACCUUAGUAAAUUGUAAGCUUCAAAUACAUUAUACAUAAUCGAAAUUUCAA